CCACUUCUUGUCGAUUCUUGGAAAAAAAAUAAUAUAUAUACACACGCACACCAAAUCCCACCAUUAGAGGAAGGCAUCAUUUCCCUUCUCUAUCUCUCUUCUCUUCUCUCUCAGAAAACACAAGCUCACCCCCUUCCACUGCUCCCAUGGAAUCUAUUGAGAAUAUUGGUGAAGAAUACCAAAAUUACUGGGAAACAAAAAUGUUUCUCCAAAAUGAGGAGUUUGAUAGGUAGAUGGGCAAUAGAUGAGGCUUUUUCAGGGUACUAUGACUCCAGUUCGCCGGACGGAGCAGCUUCAUCGGCAGCCUCUAAGAAUAUUGUUUCAGAAAGGAACAGAAGGAAGAGACUCAAUGAAAGACUCUUUGCACUUAGAGCCGUGGUCCCCAACAUUACCAAGAUGGACAAGGCAUCAAUAAUUAAAGACGCUAUUGAGUACAUCCAAGAAUUGCAUGAGCAAGAGAGAAGAAUUCAAGCUGAAAUAUUGGAACUAGAAUCUGGGAAAUUGAAGAAAGAUCCGGGUUUUGAUGUAUUUGAGCAAGAGCUACCAGUGCUUCUGAGAUCCAAGAAAAAGAAAAUUGAUGAUCGAUUCUGUGAUUUUGGAGGAUCCAAGAAUUUUUCUCGUAUUGAACUUCUUGAACUAAGGGUUGCUUACAUGGGAGAGAAGACAUUAUUAGUGAGCUUGACAUGUAGUAAAAGAACAGAUACAAUGGUGAAACUUUGUGAGGUUUUUGAAUCUUUGAGAGUCAAAAUUAUUACAGCUAAUAUCACAACUGUCUCAGGGAGAGUAUUGAAGACAGUCUUCAUCGAGGCAGAUGAAGAAGAGAAGGAUAAUUUGAAGACAAGAAUUGAAACAGCUAUCGCAGCUCUUAAUGAUCCUCUAAGUCCUAUGAGCAUGUAACUAACGUGACAUCCAUGCACAAUACAUAUCACUUUGCAACCAUUGUUUUUUUUUUCCUCUUUGUUGAGGUUUUUCCAUCCUUGUUUCCUUGAUGAAGAGUCUGUAGUUUUCUUCUUCUUCUUCUUCUUCUUCUUCUUUCUCCUGGACUUUUCUCCUUCUGUUGCUAAGUGAAGCCACCAUCAAAUAAUAAUUGUGCCUUCCAGAAA